GGGCUUCCAAAGCAAAGCUGGUUUGGUUUGUUUUGAGCGAUCUGGACUGGCGCCUAUAAAAAAAAAAAAAAGAAGAAGGAAAAAACCGCACUUGCCCUCCUCCUGUCCUGCAUUCCGCGCUGGUGCCAUUCCUUCCAACCAUCCAGCCCUCUGAGCUCCCUGCCUUCCAAUCUAUCCAAUUCAUCCCUGCAGGUCAGGUCAGGUUGAGGUCCCUCGUCGUCGCCCUCCUCCUCCUUCGUCGUCGUUGCUUCCGCUUCCGCCGCCGCCUUCGCCUUCGCCGCGGAAACUAAUCUGCACGGGAUCGGUAUCGUAAUGGAGUACGACGGCAAGUACAGCAAGGACCAGCAGAGCCUCCUCAACCUCAAGUGCGACUGCCUCCUCUUCGACCUUGAUGACACGCUAUACCCAUUCAACUCUGGCAUUGCUGCCGAUAUCAUGAAGAACAUCCAAGAUUAUAUGGUGCACAAGCUCCGCGUUGAGGAGACCAUAAGCCUGGAGCUAUGCGUCCUCCUCUACAAGCAGUAUGGAACCACCAUGGCUGGCUUGAGGGCUGUUGGGUACCAGUUUGAUUACGAUGACUACCACAGCUUUGUCCAUGGAAGGUUGUCUUAUGACAAAAUCAAGCCUGAUCCUGUGCUUAGGAACAUCCUCCUGAGCUUACCCAUUCGCAAACUUGUGUUCACAAACGGUGACAGAGCCCAUGCUUCAAGGGCCCUGAAGAGGCUCGGGAUAGAGGAUUGCUUUGAAGGAGUCGUGUGCUUUGAGACACUGAACCCGACAUCUCCUCCGCCUGUCCCAGCUGAGGAACUUCAAAUCUUUGAUAUAAUGAAGCAUCUGACUCACCCACAGCCUGGAGUGGAGCUACCAAAAUCACCUAUCCUGUGCAAACCGUCAAGGGAGGCGAUGCUGCAGGCUCUCAAGGUCGCCUCCAUUAAUCCACAGACAACUAUAUUGUUCGAUGACAGCUUCAGGAACAUUGAAGCUGCAAAGCAAAUUGGAAUGCGUACUGUCCUGGUUGGAACAUCUGAGCGGAAAAAAGGUGCUGACCACGCCUUGGAAAGCCUCCACAACAUGAAGGAAGCACUGCCUGAGCUGUGGGAAGAAGCUGUGAAGGAUGAAGAUGUGAGGAAUUCAAGCAAAGCCGGAAUCGAGACAUCCGUGAUUGCAUGAUCUUUUGUUGGUCACAAAUUAGCCCUUUUGUUUUCCUUGGAGGAGAACACGAGGUGGUGAAUCUUUGUAUUUUUUAGCACUGCCUCUUGUACGAAAAAGAGCUACUAAUUAGAGGACAAGAAAACCAGCUCCUCAAGGGGGUGGGAGGACUGACUGAUCCUGCUACCACUGAUGUUACAUCCCAUAUACUAUUACUAUCCGAUAAGAAUGCUUGCCCAGUUUUCUUCUUCAACUAUCUAGGACGGUUAUUUUGUUGGCGUUUAGUUAAAGCAGCUGGAUAUUUGGAUCCAAAUGUCUAUCUCUUUGCUACUUGGUUCUUCAUGCUUAUGA